UGCGUAGUUACAAAUACACAGUUACAAGAAUAGAAUUUUAACCUCGUUGGCUUUCCAUACAAGAGGGCACAUGAUGGUUCGUCAUGAUGUGCUGUGACAUUUGACUCUGCAAGUGUCUAACAGCGUUUAAAAUGUCCGAUUCAGACUCGCUCUCGCCCCCACAGCCAAACGAGCCAGACGACUCACUCUUCGAAAAGAAAAUUCGCCCUGUACUUGCCGAAUUUGUGGGGACAACCAUCUUAGUAUUCGUUGCCUGUCUGUUCAAUCCGAUAUGUUCCAAUAACCCAUUAGGAUGUGGGUUGAUCCAAGGCUUCGCUAUGACAUUCCUCAUGGUGGGACUCGGGCACAUCAGUGGAGGCCAUUUCAACCCAGCCAUUACGCUUGGCUACACUUUGACGGGAGCCCUGUCCAUCGUUCUUGGACUCUUCUACUUCUUAGCUCAGUUACUAGGCGGGAUGUUAGGAGCAGCCUUCGUUCUUGCUGUCUACCCAGAAGAGAUGUACAAACGAUGUCUCGGCGGAUCCACGGUUUUGGAGCGCGGUGUGGAGCCUGGUUGGGGAGUGAUGACAGAGGGCAUACUGACGUUCGUUGUUGUGUUGACGGUUUUAUUGACUGUCAUUGAGCAAAAGAAUUGCCAGCUCGCUCCUCUUUCUGUUGGUUUUGCUGUUGCUGUCAGUUCUUCAGCAGGAUUCUUUGUAACGGGUGGAUCCAUGAAUCCGGCGAGAAGUUUGGGUCCGGCUGUGUGCUACUCCAGAUACCUUGAUGUCAAUGUGUGGAGCUAUCACUACGUGUACUGGGUGGGGCCGGCAGCGGGGGCGCUGGUAGCGACUCUUACUUACAGAUUGGUUUUUGCUGCCGGAAGUAAACGAAUUCGAGUACACAGACCAUAAAGAAAACUGAUUACGAAACUAAUUAAUAACAUGAACACUUUAGAGAAUUUUCUGUAAUAUUUGAAAUAAAUUAUUUUACAAAA